CAGCAGCCUCGCCAGUUAGGCGAGCGUCAGAAUCGUGGGAAUUUCCGCGAACGAUUCGCCGCUUCAACGCGUCGGAGCGCGGUCGAGAAGUACUACGACUGUUUGCAAUGCGCGGAACAGUGUCGCCACGUGACCAAUGUGGUCCCCAUCGCUAACAACAACAACAACAACAACGCUACCAGUACCAACAACAACAUGAAACUGGUGAAAAGCUCUAAGAACCACAAUUUGAUACCAAAGAGUGGCAUGAACAAUUACCAAAUGACCAAAUCCAUCAGUUCAACGUUGACGAAGGAGAACACCAAGGCCUUGGCUCGUCUGGACGAAAACAGACCCCUGAAGAACCUUCAAAGCACCAACUUAACUAGGUCCUUGAAGAACCAACCGCUGCCUUUGACCCCGGCGAAGAAGAGGUCCUCGCUGGCUCGUCCGGUACGCGUUUACGACUCGUUCUCGCAGCCUAGGAAAUUGAUGUCCGCCAACUACGCCUUCCAGAACCUGCAGAAAACCACCAGCGAGUCCACGUACGAGGAGGACGAGCACGAGGAGACUGGCUGGCCUAUCCGGCUGAGGCUGGAGCAGAUGCUCGAGCUUACUCUGCCGCAGACCAAAAGGAAGAGGAAGAAGAAGACGUCGAUGAUGCUGAUGAAGCAGCAACAGUCCAACAAGCACGCGUGCAAAGACACGGAGAGGCUGUUGCGCGUCCUUAGCGUGAACAAUGUGGACCAAGAUAAUAGGUACAACGUCACACGGUGUUCCGUUAUGUAGAGACUCGUAUAGACCAGCUGGAGAGACUGGUGCUCGUUGGAGGUGGGUUAAGCAGCUGGCCUGAGAUGCUGAAGUGAGAGAAUGAAAGCUUUGAAUCGCUUUAAAUAUUAUUCUAAGCAUUUGGAUAGCUUUUGCUGUUGACCAGCUAGAUUCUGGAGAGCCUUAACGAAGGAACCAACAGCCUUUCGAGUGGGCCCUACUUGGAAGUUGGGUCUCCGAAGGUCAAACGAGGAAAUGAAUCCCCGUUAGUCGAAUUUUAUCAGGAACGAUGGUACAAUAGUGUCUGGGCAGAGUGUUAAUUGGGCAGCAUCGAUUUGGAUAUGAAUUUAUAGGUUAACUUAACCUAACCUAAUGGUAUCAAAUAUGGCGGGAUAUGGAGGAUCAAUGGAGUCUAUGGAGGCAGUCAUUUGGACAGUAAUGGUUUCAACAUGAAGUUGCAUUAAGGUUCCCUUAACAAAUGGUUAAGAUCUGAAUGAUUUUUCUAUAAAUACGAGAGGAUUGAAUGAUCGGAAUUUCCAAAAUUGGAAAUUCUUAAACGAACAACAAAAGAAACAUCCAAAUCAUUCGAAAUCUUUUAUUUUUAUCGACCAAAACGAUGAGAACGAUACUACGCGCGAUUUCUACCAAUAAAUCCUGAAACCCACCCUUCGAGCACCGCUUUGAAGUCGAGCUUGAUCCUCGAUUUCGAAGGAUUUCCAUUUGGAAGCCGCACAAACGCGCGUUUCCCAUAAGAAAGUUUUUCGUUCAGUGUGACUCGAGUGUUAGUACUUUUCAAUCGCUUGUUGGGUUUGAUAAAAUCGUCCUCUCGCUGUCGAGAGAUCGAUGUUUAUAUGGUUUUUAAAAUAGAUGCAUUUUAAGGGAAUAAUCGAGAUCAAGAAUCAGCAUCGUCAUCCAAUGAUAUCCGAAAAUAUUGAAAGAUGAUGUUUUAAUCUAUCCAGCAAAUAUCUCCUGAACCGUAUUAAUUUUUGGAAAAAUGAAUAGUUUAGAAAAUAAUUGCUUGGAUAAAUUAAUACAGUUAUUUAUUUGUGCAUUUAUUUGUUGUCGUUGUUUUGCUAACUUAUUUGUUGCUUUAUAUUUGUUAAAUAUUUACAGAUUUUACUAUUAAUUAUUUAUUCGGAUAUCAUUCAGAACCGAUGAGACAAAAAACAUAGAACCGAUAGAGGUACUCUUUCGUUAGCUGAUCAUGAAAUAUUACGAAUUACCAUCCCCCCAUUUUGCAGGGUACAUUACAACUCCUUUUUCAUAAUUAUCAAAAUGAAAAACAGCGUUCUUGAAAAAUUUAUUUUCAUUCAGUAUGUUUUGAAGUAUGAAAGGUCGAAUUAAAAAUCGUAACUGGAGGAUUUAAAGGCUACAAUUGCAUAUUGCAUUCCGUCCCCGGAAGUUCAACUUAUGAAACUCGUGUGUACUUCAUUUAUUCUCCGAUCGCAUAAACACCAUCAAAUUUUAUCUAUCUUUUGUUUAAGCCAAGAAGGUUUGUUUACAGCGUUGCUGAAAAUUGUUGAUUACUGUUUCGUUGGAAAAUGAAAUAGGAAUGAAAAUGAUAAAAAUAUGUUAAAGAAUUAGAGGAAAUUGUACGAAUAAAUGUUAUCGACUGUUGGAAAUGAAAUUGUUGUAAGUGAUAACAAAUAUAUUUAUUGAAUACCGAAGGAUUCAAUAGACCAUUGAUAAAAUUAAGUCGAACGAAACAUACUUUUCCUACAAUCUCGUUUGUUGUUUCUUACAACAAUUCAAGUUUUCCAGAAUGAUUCUAUUAAAUAACGCGAUAUUUUAUCUGAAUGUUGACCAAUCGUGAGAUUUGCAUUUACCUGGUAUGCAUUUACGAGUACUGGACAUCUUUGAAGGUAUGUAAUAUGAUUUCUUUUAAAUAAAACCACCCAAGACAAUGAAAAUACAAUUAAAAAAUCAAUUGAAUCACAUUUCUGUAAAAAUCAGUUGAUUUGUUCUCAACAUGAAUUAAUUACAUAUUUCAUAAGAAUACACAAGUUCCAAAUUUUGUCGUUCAAACUUAUUGCAUGCCUUCAAAAAUGCUGUACAUCUGCAUCCUGAAAAAUAUAUAAAUGUUGAAGAUCUUCAUUCCAGUGUCUUAAAAAGAGAAAGAAUAAGUUAUGUACAAAAAGAAAGGAGGAAGAAAGGAUUCGCAAAUUUAUUUGUUUCUUCGUCAAAUUAAUUGAAAAUAAUAAUUCGCAAACAUAUUUCUUCCUUAAAGAUAGAGAAAGCGACAGAUUUUCUCACUGCUGCUUCUUUUAUCAUUUUUUCUAUGACACACAAGUGUUGCAUUUCCACAAUCUAAUUUUUCAAGCACCAAAGAAAAAAGCAUUUGAGAGAAAACGUUCCACACAGUAUUCACGAAUAGAGAUGGAAGGAAGUCACGUCAGAGAGCUCCACCUACUUAUUUUUUCACUGUCCGACAAGAAGCAGUCUAGGCUAAUCUAUUAUUGCGCACUGAUAAUGCUUUUGUCAACAUUAAUCUCAUCGAGUGUGUCCUGUUCCUGUUGAAAAUCCUUGGAUCGUCCUCAAUCGCGUCGAACUCGUUCGAGAAACUCGGGAAAACCAUUUUCAUCUUCAUCACAAAACCGAAUUGUUAUUGUACAACCCAUUCAAGCCAGGGAAAGAUCGGAAAAUUUCUGUUUUUGGUUAUUCAUUUUACUUUAACAACACUAUUUUCCUAUUUUCUAGUUUUUCUCUGUUGUUUUCUGGAAAUCUCCUACUGAUUUUCCCCAGGAUUUUGGUUUUUCUUCAUCACAAUUGAUGAAAAUUUGAAAUUUUUUGAUUUUCUUACAUUUUUUAUUUCCAAAUUUCCCGAAACAAUGAUUUUUCCUUAAAAAAAUCGGGGAAAAUAUUUUUUACCCUUCGCGGGAUUUGAACCGCAGACCACGCCAUGGAUAGACAAGCACCUAACACCCUUCGCCGAAUAAACCUUACAACGAGAAGCUUUUCUUAAAGUUAUUUCUUUGUAAAUAGAAAAAAUAGUUCGAUUAAUUAUUUAAUAAAAAAUAGAAUUGAAAAUAAGUUUCCAAGUUUUACGAACGAGUUCCUGUCAACAAUUCACGAGAAUCAUGGUAGAUUAGGAUUAAGUAUCAGGAAUAACUAUUGUGUUAUUGUACGUUGUAACGCUGCAUAUAUUAUAUUUCAUUAAUAUUAUAUGCCAUGAUGUAACGAGUGCCCUAAUCCUGUUAAAAAAACAAAAACUGUAUAUCGAAUUAUUAAUUGUACCACUAGUGUGUAAGCUAUUUCCAACUACCAUGCCCAGUAUUUUCUAAGUAUUACGACUAAUGCGGCAAGGAUGUGUUCGUGUUGCGUUGUAACCACUUCCGGUCUGCUGUUUCACCGAAUCACAUGCCUGAAAAAUUUUCAAUUAAUAAAAUUGCUCGUCUACUGCCAGAAUGAAAGAUCGAUAUUAUGAAGGUACAAAAGGAUACAAAUAUUUAAAAUCAAAUUUAAAUUUAAAAUUGACCAAUGGACGUUUCCUGUAUCUAUGAUCCAUCAAUCUCAAAUUUUCUAAUCUCCAACUUAUACUGUUAAAAAAAAUGAAGGCCCGGUAUUGAACUGGUUAAUUAAGUAUAAAAUUACUAAGUUACAUGUUUUUAAUUGGGACAUCGAGAUCAGUGACAUGGACCAGUUCGAUUCGGUCAAAUGACAAUCCGGAAAGAGGAAGUUAAGUUAACAUAAAUCAACGUAAAAUCGAAACAUCGUGAGUUCGAACGAAACAAUAAGAAUCGAGAACAGAAUGUACAAGAGAUUUCAGGAACCGUUUCGUUACGCUCGAUGGUAUACCAGUGGCUAUGGUUUUAGCUGUGUCUCGUGUGCCAUAACACCUAAUGUUUGAUAUGUCUAACGAAUUUAGUCCGUUUACAAGGUAACCUUUCGUACACACCCGAGCAAAUGUGUUUAUCUGAAUUCAUAGACUGCACGAAAUAUAUAUAUAUAUAUAUAUAUCUAUA